AUGGCAAAUCGUAGUCUUCGGCCCAAUGCUGGAACGGGAAAGCCAACAUCAAGCCUUACGGAUGUGACCGAAUUCAUAAUUAAAGUGUAUGUCCCAAUAUGGUUUAAUAUUAAACUAAAUGUCAGUUCCACUUGUGGUAGUUUUCAUGUAUUUAAAACGAUUGAGCUGUCACUGUAUUUAAGAGAUGAUUUAGAAAGAAUUGUGGAUACUGUAAUCCAAAGAAACGCGUAUUUUAUACACCCCAAAAACAUUCUAUUUUUUAUGCUAACAGAUACUUGUGAAUGGGUUCGGGAACUAUCUCUACGAAGGAUCUUAAAAGCUAGAAAAACCAGUGGAGAAACGGUUGAAAUAAGACACUUAGUGAUACCAAAACUUAAUUUCAGUGUUACAGACUACUUUGAGUUAAUUUACUGGAAUGAGUGCGAUGUGAUACAGCCUCCUGUUUUAAGGGAUUUUACUGAUGAUAAUCUAAGGGUCCAGAAUCAAGAGACGACUUUAUUCGCUCCAGAAUAA